CGAUCUCGUCCUCUUCUCUUCCCCUUCCGUUGGGUUUGAUUCUUGGCAAUUUGGCAUUAAUAUUUCAUCCACAACACAAGGCGAAGCCUACGAAUUCCAAUUCCCACUUGCUCCGGUCUCGUGCGUGCAUGGAACUCUCCGGCGAGACCGCCUCGCCGGCGCCGGAGCCGGAGCCGCCGGGGCAGCCGGAGGUGUCGCCGCGGGGGGCGGGGAUGUUUGAGGAUGCAGUGGAGGGGUCGUCGACUGCCACGGAGUCGCCGGUGGCAGUGGCGCGGCCAGACGGCGAGGCCACCACCGAGUCCUCUUCGCCAUCAGCGUCGAGGACGCUGGCCGGCGACGAGCCGGCGGCCGCGGGCGCAGGGGAAGUGGAGGCCUACGGCGGGGAUGAGUCGCCGUCGGUUUCUGAACCGCGAGAGGAGUCGGGAAGUGUGGAUACGGGAAGCGCCGCGUCGCCGUCGGUUUUGCGAUCGGAGCAGCGUGCGAGGGGGGCGGAGGAGCAGGAGAAUUCCAUGGCCGCGCAGUUGGGGGAAGGAUCGCCAGCGAGGGAGGAGACGAAGUCGAGGAUCUCUUCGGCGCCGUCGUCGCCGGUUCUAUCGGGCACGUCGACCUCGUCGUCGUCGCCGCUGUCACAGAUCAAGCAUCAGGCGCGGCACGUGCGCACCGGCAGCUUCCAGCGUUUCCGGCAGCAGAUGCAGCGGGCGUGGAAAUGGGGGCCAAUUGGAAGUGGAGGCGGCGGCGAGAGGAGCCCCAGGGAGCAGCUGCUGCGUACGACAGUGAACUUUGAAGCUAUGGCGCAUCAGAAGCGGCAGUGGUAUCAAAUCCAAUCCAAGUCACGGGACAAUAAGCAGUAUAAGGAACCAACAACACUCUUUGAACAUUUUUUCGUAGUCGGACUUCAUUCUUAUGCAAAUGUUGGAGUCAUUGAGGAUGCAUUUGCAAAGAAGAAAGCUUGGGAAUCUAAUGUAGAACACUCGGAGAUUGUAGAUCUUAGAAAAAUUCAAUAUCAUGGACCUAUACCAACCAUGGAACCACAGAUUCUUUUCAAGUAUCCACCUGGAAAGAAAGCGGAAAUUAGGGAAAUUGAUUUGCCGUCAUUCUGUUUUCCCGAGGGUGUAAAGGCCCGCUUAAUAGAGAGGACUCCAUCAAUGAGUGAUCUGAAUGAAGUGGUAUUUGGGCAGGAACAUCUGUGUCGAGAUGACCUGUCUUUUAUUUUCUCCAUGAAGGUAUCAGAUAAUGCACCACUAUAUGGUGUUUGUCUGCAUGUCCAGGAAAUAGUUCAGAGAGCACCGGGUAUACUAGGCAUGGUUUCACCACUAAACCCUACUUCCUACAAGCCAAGUCGUUUCUUGGUUUCUGCACCACGAUGUUACUGUUUACUCACAAAAGUGCCCUUUUUUGAGCUGCAUUAUGAGAUGCUAAACAGCAUAAUUGCUCAGGAGAGGCUUGACAGGAUAACACAGUUUGCUAGUGAAAUUGCUCUGGCAGAACCAAUCCCCCGCUCUAUGAAAGAGCAAAGUCAAGUAAAUGGGGAGGAUUUUGAAUCCGCAAAUGAGCUUUCUUACAAUGAUUGGACAGAAUAUGCUGUACCUGUCAACAGUAUAUCAGGUCUCAUCUCUUCAUCAGGACUUCCAUCAGAGGGAGAGAUUCCUUCAUAUUUGUUCAGGAGUUGGGAGCCUAAUUCUCCUGAAAGUAUGUCGGCUAGUGAGACUUCAGAUUCUAGUUACAUAAGAGAACUCGAGAAGGAAGGCAGGCAUAGUUUCCAACAAUAUGAGGAUUGUAUAUCAGAGAACUUGGGAUCCCGUUGUGAUAGCUUUGGAAGAACAAGUUAUACUUAUGAGAAUGGACAUACUUCCCCAGAUCUUCUCUCCACACAUUCGCCUAUCUCCAGAAGAAUCAUGCGUGCACAGAGCAUGGAGUCUUUACACAGUUCUGUGAAAGGUGUUGGGUCAGAUGAAGAAGAAGAACUAAAUAUGAAGCAAGAAAUAGUUGUUGAUGAUGAAAAAGUUAUGGGAUGGGCUAAGGUACACAACAAUGAACCUCUGCAGAUUGUUUGUGGCUACCAUGCUCUUGCUCUGCCACCUCGUGGAGGUGAACUUGUUUUCCACCCCCUUGAACAUCUGCAACCUGUUAAAUACUCCCGGCCUGGAUUGUCUUUAUUGGGGUUAGGAGACACAAUUUCAGACAAUGGUUUGACUUCAGUAGAAAAAACUGAGGUCAAUGCCCGUUUGGCGGCUGCAGAAGAAGCUAUCGCAUUAUCGAUAUGGACUACAGCUACAAUUUGUCGUGCUUUGUCUCUCGAAAGUGUGCUAGAGUUAUUUGCUGCUGCUCUGUUGGAGAAGCAGAUUGUGGUAAUAUGCUCAAAUCUGGGUGUACUGUCAGCUAUUGUUUUGUCAGUUAUGCCGAUGAUAAGACCAUUCCAGUGGCAGAGUUUAUUGCUUCCUGUUCUACCAAGAAAAUUGGUGGAUUUUCUUGAUGCUCCCGUCCCUUUCAUUGUGAAGGCAUGCUCAUUACCUCAACUUCCACGAUUCAAAGAACUUGUUUCUGAUCUCAGUCCAAUUCAUGCUAGACUUUCAUGUGAGAAUGCCCUGGCUAAGAGACAUCCAAUUUACAAAUGCAAUGAAGUUCAGGCUGAGGCAGCUUGGCAGUUCUUGAACGUCAUGAGAUCCUAUCUGGAGUCGCUUUGUUCUGACCUGCCAUCUCAUACCAUCACCAAUGUACAGUCAAAUAAUGACAGGGUUUCGUUGCUUCUAAAAGACAGUUUUAUCGAUUCAUUCCCCUCAAAGGACCGACCAUUUGUAAAGCGCUACGGCGGCAGCGCCGACGCGCGGACCAACCGGAGCUCGGCGCUCGACAUCUUCUACGGCCUCGCGCUCGCCGAGGCGCUGCUGUUCCUCGUCGAGAAGGCGCUGUGGCAGUGGCGGGUGGGGCACCGCCGCCUGAUCGAGCGCGUCGCCAAGGAGUGCCACCUCGCCGGCGCGUGCGGCGCGGUGGCCGUCCGCCGCUUCUUCUACGAUUCCUACUCCCGCUGCCUCAACGGCAGCAUCUUCGACGGCCUGCACAUGGACCUCGUGUCCUACGCCGACGACCUGCUCACCGCCGGCUCCUACGACGAGCAGCGGCUCGGCGCCUCCGUCCUCGUCGCGCUCGCCGAGUCCGACCGCUUCGCCGACGCCACGCUGCGCAGGAUCGGCACGUCGGCGCCGGUCACCGAGCGGCUCAUCGAGAUGCUCAGCUGGAAGAACUCGUCGGAGAAGGGCGUCCGCCGGUCGGCCGCGGUGGUCGUCUCCAUGCUCACCGAGGGGAAGCUCAAUGCUCUCCGCGUCACCGGCAUCCCCGGCGCCAUCGAGUCCGUCGCGUCGCUGCUCUACGCCGACCUCGACGAGCUCAACCUCCUCGGCCUCUCCAUCCUCAACAAGCUGGCGCACGACCACGACAUCUGCGACAAGAUCGGCAAGACGAAGGGACUCCUCGACAAGAUCAUCUCCUACUCGAGCAUCGCCAGUGCACCUGCGACGGCCGCGCCCACCGACACGAACCUCAUGGCGGUGAAGCAGUCGCUCCGCGUGGUGAAGAGGCUGGCUAGCACGACGGGCACCACCGGCAAGCUCCUCCGGAGGGAGCUCUCCGGCAUCGUGUUCACGGUGAGCAACGUCAGGGAUGUGCUGCAGCAGCGCGACGGGAAGGCCUGGAGCGAGCUGCACCAGCUGGCGAUCGAGACCCUGACGAGCCUCACCAUGGACGAGGAGGCGAGGGAGAUGAUCGGCAGGACGGGUGGCGUGGUGAGCGAGCUGGUGGCGAUGUUCUUGCCGGCGACGGAGGCGGUCGGAGACCGGCCGGCCGACGCGGUCCGUGUGGAGGCCGGCGAGGCGCUGGCGAUGCUGGCCCUCGACAGCCGGAGGAACUGCGGCGCCAUCAUGACGGCUUGCGGCGGCGGAGUUGAACGGCUCGUCGAGGCGAUGAGCGACCCCGUCGUCAUCGUCGGCGCCGCGAGGAUCCUCCGCAACCUGUGCACCUACGCCGGCGACGAGUGGCGGCUUCCGCUGAGAGGAGUCGCCGCCGGCGCCACCAAGGUGCUGAGGACAAUCAUGGCCGAGAAGGGCAAGGUGCUCAACAUCUUCCUGGGCCUCGCGGCGCAGAUGCUCCGGUUCAUGGAGCCGGAGGAGCUCCGCGCGAGCCUCGCCGCGGCGAGGGUGACGGACGCGGCGCUGGCGAAGACGAUGGUGCAGGUCCUGAGGGAGUACAGCCGGCCGUCCAUGGUGGUGCCGCGGAUCCGCCGGUACACCAUCGAGCUCGCCGUCGCCAUGAUGCGGUCGGACAAGCGAUACGUGGCGCUGUUCGUUGAGCUGGGAAUGGAAGACCAGCUGCGGCGCGUCGCGGGCACCACGUCGGAGCUCGAGUGCUUCAACGUCUUCUCCGGCAGCGUCGGCCUCAGCCGCCGCGGGGUCAGCGUCUGCGCGGACGUCGAGGCGGCUCUGGAGUUGAUGAGGCAGGCCUGAAGGUCAACUGAAACUACUUAAUUAUGUGCACGUGCCUGAUCUAUCCUAUAUCCCGUGUCUAUGUUCGUUGUUAAUUUGUGAUUCCUUCAUUUAUCUCCAAAAUUUGUGUAUGAGUUCAUUCUUAGUUGCCUGAAACUAAGUGAAUUAUAAAUAGUGUAAGGUACAAAUAAUAUUACUACCUUGUUGAUUAUACAUGGACUCCUAAUCCUAA